AUGUCCAUGGAGUCAAUCAGCCAUACCUUCAUGAGUGGCGACCCGAUGAACACCAACAUGCAGCCAGCUCACGGUACGCUCCGUCAUGAUGGACAAUCUUUGGACGGCCGGGAGUACCAACGUGGAGACCCGGUAGCAAUCGUGGACGAUGGUGCGAGAGAGAGUCUCGCAGAUGCGAUUCAGAUCCUUAACCUCAGGAACAAUGAGUACAUGCUCGUGUUGUUGAAAGCUGUGUGCUGGGUUCCCACUCAUACCGAGCAACGGUCCGGCACCACCUUUCUGCUCACCCUAUACGGACCCAAUCUAGACUUCAGUCACUCAAACUCCGAGCGUCCUCAGAUGGGUUAUCGCGGCAUUGCAACUCUUUUUGGAUCCUGCGUCUACGUUGGACGCGAGGUCAUGCUGGAAGGCAACCUUUCAAGGGUCAACUUGGACCCUGCAAACCGAGUUUCUUUGUUUACCGCCCAGUGGGAUGCGAUUUCCGUUCACUCGGAGUUGCAACAACCAGCAUUGACUCCCUCUGCUUCGUCCUGUGCUUCAUCAAGAAGCCCUUCCGAAUCCGGAGAUGACGCUCCGCCUCCACGAUUCUAUCGUCUCCAAGGACGAAGGGACUCUGCCAUUGAAAUUCGAGACCCCGAAUCCCCGAUAUACAAGUCAUCCAACGGACGAAAGUCGAUCUCGCCUAAGCCCCUCUUCACACACACGGCAUCCUUUGCGACAAAAUACAACAUCCCCAUUGCCGCGGAAACGCCUUCACCCAAACGUGGAUACUAUGAAACUAAUACGCCUGCAUGGUCAGACCUCGGAUCUGAUGAUGACUUCAGCUUCGACGCUGAUGCAGCGUUCAAUUUUGACCCCGCAUUUCCCGACAGCCUUGAUCUAUGCAUCAAUGAGCCUCACUUUGGCAACUUGAUGGCAGAUAGUGACUUGCAAGUCAAUUUUGUUUUUAUGCCACAAAACGAAGGCGACAACUUUGCUUCUGGGCAUCCCGAACAGCAACGGUCGGAAGGCAACGCUCAAGAGCCACUGUGGUCCACGCAUGGCAUUCCAGCAGGUCAUGAGAAUGCUUGGGAUUCUCUGCAGGUGCCGCCGCAACAUGCGUCGGAGAUGAGGCAGCAACAACCCCCGACGCCUCAGCGCCAGCAGCAGCUGCCUACGAGGCAGGGACCUCAUGCGGACUACUACGAGCCGUAUCGACUUGCUGAGAAUCAAGCCAGCUCUCACAUACACCCUGGGGCUGCGGCACACCACCCUACGCAGACGGAAGUCGCCCAUAUGCCUAACGACCCCCGCGCGGGUUAUGCGCCAUCUCAACUACCCCCCGCGACUGCUCAACCUAUGCAAGGUUUCCAGAUGCAGUCCCGGUAUCCGGAGCAGUCUAGCCGAGUGCCAGCUUCGGGUCCCCCAACCAGCUCCUUUCCUACUCUCCAGGAGGUUCACAUUAUCCAGAGCAACCGCCAAGACCCUCGCCAACCUCAUUCCCUGGCAUCCAGCUCUUACAGCCCGGUGCAUGAGGGAGCCUUGCCUUCGUCUUCACAUAGUCAACAGCUAAGGCGCAGCCCGCUGCCUGAGGAGUCACGGGCGCCUAGCUCCCGAGGCACGCCGGUCAUGGCUCGCCGGGCACCAGCACAGCCUGUUCAUACGUUCUCGCCAGCUGGUUUGGUCGACUCCUUCCGCCAGAGCACACAGGCGCACAUCAGCACAUUGGAAAGCCACUACGAGCAGCUGCAACAGAACCCAACUGGUGAUGACCAGCUUCGCCAAGCUAGUGAGGCAUUGCAAGCUGUUCGCCAAACUACAGACGAUUCUUUGCAGCUCCUCAACCUGCUCCAACCGAUCACCGGAAUUCCUCUGAAAGGCACAGAGAAGAGACUCCAGUCUCUCGCUGAUCAGAUAGUUGAAGCGAUGAAGGAAUUACUUCCAAACGCUUCAGACGCUUCCGAGCAGAGUGUUCAGAAAAUGGGCCUGAAGGUGCAGAACCUCAAGGACUUCAUUGAGUACGUUGAGGGUGUUCAUCCCGAAGUCGUCAAACGCCUGCAAGAUCCCGCCGCUGCCAUUGCUACGAGCGACAAGAGUAAGAACGUCUCAAGCACUGCCGCAGGCCUAGUUCCCUCGGCCCCUCCCUCAGUCUCUUCACAAGCCGCAGACGAGUCUGACUCUUGCCGCUGGGUUGAUGGCCAGGCCACUCCGCCACCAGACCGUUCAUCCGCAAUGGCACAAAACCGAGACCGCUCGCGCAUGUUCCGCGAUAUGACUAAUGCUCAUGGUCGUCGUACGGAGCCCCGCAUCAACUCUGGUGCGGAUUUUUACCCUCCAACAAGCUACAGUCAGCCCGCAUCUCGGAUUCACUCGCCAAUGGCCAGUCACGCUGCACCGGCUGAGCCUCAGCACCCCACCGGGCACGGUUUCUUCCAACAGUCUCUUCCAACUCCUCUCCAGCAGACGAUGCAGAUGCCGGACUUUGGCGCAUCGAUGCAUUCUCGACCGAUGCAAGCUUACCCGCCCCCGAGUUCGGUGGAGAUGAUGCGGCCGAUGCAGCCUAUUCCGAGUAUGCCCCCUCAGCAACAUUACACCACACAGCAAGAGACCUCUUUCUAUCUGCGACCGAACCCACCCAACAGCCUCUACCCCGCGAGCGGAGCGGAGAUAUCACAGGCGGCUUACGCCCCGCGGUCGCCGCUUUCUUUCCAGUCGGGAUCGACCGCGGCUCAUCCUGAGUACUAUCAAGACGUCAGGUCCACUCUUCCGGACCGACGGACUGUCCGCCAAGAGCGUCCUGCCCCUUACUCUUUGAACUACAGAGACCAGAGACGACGUAGGGGAAGCCAAUGA